AUGUCAAGCAAUUUGAAAUUAUGUUUUCUUACAUUACCAGUAGAAAUUGUUUAUCAUAUUCUUGAUCAUCUUGAAGUAAUACAAAUUCUAUUCUCAAUGCGAAAUGUUUCCAAACGUGUCAAUGCAAUUGUCGACACAUAUCAUCGAUAUCAGACACUCAAUGAAUUAGAUCUAUCAUCUGAGACAAUUAAUUCUAACGGUAUUAAAUAUCUAGCUUCUGCAUUACAAUAUAAUACUACACUUACUUCUCUAAUCAUUAAUUAUCAACAAAUCUGCAGUCCAGAUGUACAAUAUCUCGCCAAAGCAUUGUACAAUGAAACAUCACUUACUAAACUGAACUUGUACAAUAAUCAGAUCGGUAAUCAAGGUGCACAAUAUUUAGCUAUUGCAUUACAACAUAAUAAAGUAAAUUCGUCUAUCUAA